UCCGCACCAAAGGGGGAAACGAACUUGAGUUCGAUUCAAUCGAACCAAACAAGACUUGUGAAUACACCCAAAAGACCUACGGCCAGACAUUCCUCACUGCUCAAGUCUACCCAGAAAAGGUUAGAGAGCCUAUUACAGGGUCAGCUGAGAGAGAGAGAGAGAGAGAGAGAGGGCACAGCUGAUCAGUAGAAUGUGCAUUUGAAGCCUUGCAUGUUCGGUUUAACAGAAGCUCCAUUUUGUAAGAGGUAAAAAGAGAGGCCCUCAUCAAAAUAUGUUGCUGUGCUGGUGUGUCGUGGCCACAGUGCUUUUAUACGUGUUGUACUCCUGGCUCAUCCCCACUGCUGUGCAGUUCAGUGGCAGUCUGGCGUUACUCUGGCACGACGUCAUCGUUGAGCGUGCUCUUGAUACUCUGACCAGAUCAACUCGACCACAGCGUCUGCUGAAAGCAGUAAGGAAACGUGCAACGCGAGGUGACCCCCAGAGUGUGAUCUCGGCCAUUGAUCAUUUCUGCCGACACAGCGAAUGGGCUAUGAACGUUGGAGAUGAGAAAGGCUCUAUCCUGGACUCAGUGGUGAGCGAGUUGAACCCAGAGAAGGUCCUAGAGUUGGGCACAUACUGUGGAUACUCCACAGUGCGCAUCGCUCGACUCCUUCCUCCUGGAGCUCGUCUGAUAACACUGGAGUUCAAUGCAGAUUAUGCUGCAAUUGCCCGACAAGUAAUCGCCUGGGCGGGUCUUGAAGACAAAAUCCAGCUUGUAGAAGGUGCGUCUGAAGAUUGGAUCCCACGCAUGAAGGAGCACUUUGGAAUUGAAACAUUUGAUUUUGUUUUUCUGGACCACUGGAAGGACCGUUACCUCCCUGACACAAAAUUAAUGGAGGAUUGUGGUCUGCUAAGGAAAGGCACCGUUCUGCUUGCUGAUAAUGUGAUCUGUCCGGGAGUACCAGACUAUCUUGAAUAUGUGCGCAAUAGCCUUUCCUAUAAUAGCUGCUAUUUUAAAUCCCAUUUAGAGUACACCAAGGCCGAGGAUGGCUUGGAGAAGUCUGUGUUUUUGGGCUAGAGAUAUACAGGGAUGAUUCAUAUGCUUAAAAAGAGGACUUUUGCUAAGAGUUUGUUCUAAGAGACUUAGCAUGAGGUAUAAUUUAAAUGGUUUAUUAUCAUACGUCCCCAAGAUGUAUUGUACUUAAAAUCUGUUUUGCAUAUUACUUGACCAAACAACAGGCUGUUACCACUCUGUACCACUAGAGGGUAGGAUCACAUUUCAAAUGGCUAAAUGAAAUGUGGUUUUGUCUAGACCAGACCCCUCUUACAACUUAACCAGAAAUUUUUAUCUGAAAAAUCAAACCAUUUUAUACCAAUGACAUUUUUGUAUUUGUACAGAAAAUGGGGGCUUUGUGGGUUAUUUUAAGGUCGUUCUGUAAUAAUUGAAACAAUGCCCUUUGUGUUUAUGAAUUUACACGUCAGCAGUGAUGAUAAUGACAAUGGCAUUUAGAGUGUGCUAAUUUGAUGUAUUUUUGCAGAACUGAUA